AUGAAGCAUUCAAAGUUACAGCUCUAUAUUACUGGGUUCGGUCCCUUCAAGGCGAUCACAGUGAACCCAAGCGCCAUUGUUGGAGAGUCUGUUUCAAAUGAAAUGAUGAAAGACAAUGAACUCCAAGUGCAUUAUGAGGAACUGGAGGUUACCUUCGACGCGGUGUCUGCGUACUUUAAGUGCCUUGAAGACACACUCGGAAAUUAUAUGGAAGAGGAUCCUGAAGGAUGUGUUCUAAUCGUCCAUGUCGGACUUCACAGUCGUGAGCAGGAAGGUCAACUGCGGAUGGAGGUACGCGCCUACAACGAACUCGAGGGGUUUCCCAUUGAGGAAUUACGCCCCUUGGACAUGUAUAUGGAAAGUGUCUUUGGAUGCGACUGGGGUGGCAUGGCAACGGCGGCUACGGAGCUUAUAAGGCAGCUUAAUGUGGAGAUAUUAACCGAGGGUCAUGAAGACGGAGGCCGUCAAUUGCCGCGUUGGAUUAUAUCCCGUGAUGCUGGUCGGUAUUACUGCAAUUACACUCUGUACCAAAGUCUGAAGCUGCAAAAAAAAUGGAAGGGUCGUGUAUUUCCUGUUUUUGUCCACAUCGCCAAUGCGUUUACAUGCAAUAACCCCAGUUUAGGAGAGCAGACGGCGCAGGUUCAUUCACUUGUAUCAGCACUGGUGCAAAUUGUGCGUAAUAAGAACACGACUUUGUAA